CUUACAAAGAUUAGAGCAAACAAGAAACACUGUUUCUCUAAGUUAUAAAUAAAAUAAAAAUGGCAUGCUUAAACAUGCAAAUCAAUAAUGAGCAACAACAAGGAGGAGGGUUCUUGGGUCCAAGAAUAUCAUUCUCAAAUGAUUUUGGUGACACCCAACAAACAACACAACCCAAUAAUAAUAUGAAACACAACACUACUUAUAGAGAAGCUCCAGUGUCUUCUGAAUUCAAUUUUGCGGUGCCUUGUUUUGCUUCAAAUUCUGCUGAUGAAAUUUUUUUCAAAGCCAAGAUUCUUCCAUUGAAGGAGAAUAAUAAGGCUUCAGUACUUACACUUAGAGAUGAGCUUCUUAAUGAUGAUGAUGAUGAUGACAUUUUUUUGCCAAAAAGUUCAGGGUGGUGGAAAUUUGGAAGAAGUCAAACUCAAAGUGUAAAUCACAAUGCGUGUUUGGCUACUAAGAAAGGUGAUCAUAAAAAUCAUGGUGGUUUGGAGACCAUUGAUGAAGGAAAUCAAUACCUCAGGAAAUGAUGAAUGUAUGAUGACCAUCAGUUAGUAGAGUGGCACAGCUGAAUCUAUAUCAUGUGGUCAACUAAGACACGUUUGAGUUGAUACAUGAUAUUAAUUCAAGUUUUCUGUAUUUAUUUUCAACUUGAUUUGUUGAAGGUUUUGGAUAUUUCAUAAAAUCCUUAUAUUUUUCUCAUAAAAAAAAAAAGUUAGGAUAGUGGGUCAUCAUUUCUUUUCACUUGGGUUUUUAAGUUUAUGAGGUUACUUUGGAGAGUGUUUUUUAGGGGUUUGAAUUUGAUUAUAGAUAUUCAGAUUUUUAUGUAUUAAUUUGCUUCUUUCUGUAUUCUGUACAAAUAGUUCUACCCUAUAUAUGAUGUAUGAUGAUUUUAGUUAACAACAAUUUCAACUA